AAAUACUUAAAACAAGCUCAUUGGCAAUAUGUAUGGACUGUUGUUGGAGAAUUUAUCCGAGUACAUCAAGUCAGUGUACGGCGAGGAAAAAUGGGAGGAUAUAAGACGACAGGCGGGCAUCGAUGCGCCCUCAUUCAGCGUGCAUCAGGUUUACCCCGAGAACCUGCUCCAGAAGCUGGCCAAGAAGGCGCAAACGGUUUUGGGCGUAUCGGAGCGCGAGUUUAUGGAUCGAUUGGGCGUCUAUUUUGUUGGCUUUGUGGGUCAGUAUGGCUACGAUCGGGUUUUAUCCGUGCUGGGACGACAUAUGCGAGACUUUCUCAAUGGUCUGGAUAAUCUGCAUGAGUAUCUAAAGUUCUCAUAUCCGCGUAUGCGUGCGCCAAGCUUCAUCUGUGAGAAUGAAACAAAGCAGGGUCUCACAUUGCACUAUCGUUCAAAGAGGCGUGGCUUUGUGUACUACACGAUGGGGCAAAUACGUGAGGUGGCACGCUACUUCUACCACAAGGAGAUGCACAUUGAGCUGGUGCGCGAGGAGAUAUUAUUCGACACGGUACACGUGACCUUUCAGCUGACAUUCGACAACCGCGCCUUUACCCUCGCUUCCCUGGCCAUGACCCGCGAGGAGAAACAUUUGCCCAUUAGCGCCCACGUGUUAUUCGAGAUAUUCCCAUUUUGCAUUGUAUUUGGCGCUGACAUGGUUGUGCGCAGCAUUGGCAACUCUUUGAUGGUCAUAUUACCGGAAUUAUUGGGCAAGAAAAUUACGGCCUGGUUCGAUCUGGUGCGACCGCUAAUUGCGUUUAAGUUCCAAACCAUAUUGAAUCGCACAAACAACAUAUUCGAGCUGGUUACCGUGGAUCCGGUCACAGAGCGAUUGGAUGCCGAAAACGGGGAUUUGAUGCUGCACGACGAUGGCAGUGAACCAGAAAAGUCACUCCGACUCAAAGGUCAAAUGGUUUAUAUGGAAAACUGGCGCAUGAUUAUGUUUCUGGGCACUCCAGUGAUGCCCGAUCUGACGUCCCUGAUUACAACGGGUCUCUACAUCAACGAUCUGUCCAUGCACGAUUUUAGCAGAGACCUUAUGCUUGCGGGCACACAGCAGUCUGUGGAGCUGAAACUGGCGCUAGAUCAGGAACAACAAAAAUCAAAGAAGCUGGAAGAGUCCAUGCGUAAGCUUGACGAGGAAAUGCGACGCACCGAUGAAUUACUGUAUCAGAUGAUACCUAAGCAGGUGGCAGAUCGUCUGAGACGAGGCGAGAAUCCCAUAGAUACCUGUGAGAUGUUUGACAGUGUUUCGAUUUUGUUCUCGGAUAUCGUGACCUUUACCGAGAUCUGCAGUCGGAUUACGCCCAUGGAGGUGGUAUCCAUGUUGAAUGCCAUGUACUCAAUCUUUGAUACUCUAACCGAACGGAAUUCGGUCUACAAAGUUGAGACAAUUGGCGAUGCCUAUAUGGUCGUUGCCGGAGCACCGGAUAAGGAUGCGAAUCAUGCCGAGAGAGUCUGUGAUAUGGCCUUGGAUAUGGUCGAUGCCAUAACCGAUUUAAAGGAUCCUUCAACGGGUCAACAUUUAAGAAUACGUGUGGGCGUUCACUCGGGCGCCGUCGUAGCUGGCAUUGUGGGCCUAAAGAUGCCACGUUAUUGCCUGUUUGGAGAUAGCGUUAAUACCGCCUCUAGAAUGGAAUCGACCAGCAUUGCCAUGAAAAUACACAUAUCGGAGUCCACAAAGGUGCUAAUUGGACCCAAUUAUAAGAUACUCGAGCGCGGUGAAAUCGAUGUCAAGGGCAAGGGCACUAUGAAGACCUACUGGCUGGAGGAGCGCGAGAAUCGCCUGCCGCUGCAACUGAUCUCUGGGCUACAACUGCAUCCGAUGUCCGCUGCUCCGCCGCUAACACCGAUCCCCAAAGCGAUAAUGCCAGCUCCCAAGCCAGCAACAACCGUUGCACCGCCGCCAGCAGAUCCUCCCCAGACUUCGCUGGCCAAUGUGGUGUUGGGAGUUAGCGGUACAGUGGCUGCAGUGACAGCAUUGGCUCAUCAUGCGCCUGCGGCUGCAACAGCCACAGCCACAGCCACAUCGGCAACCACAAAUGUGGCAGCUGCUGAUGAGCGCGGUAGUCGCAUCUACUCGCCGGUAACCUUUAAGGAUGUGGCAAGGCGUAGCAUUGCCAAUUCCCCAGUGCGCAGCAAUGCUGGUGCUAGUUGUUAUCCAGAUCAGAACAAGCGGCGCGAAUCCCGCUCCAAUUCCACUGGUCACGUUUUCAUGCGCUCUCCCAGCGACAUCUUUGGCUCACUUAUACUGGAUACCGAGGAGUUUCUCGAGGAUUUGCAAAUCUCACGUGGCUCGCUUGCAAAUUCUAGCAGCAACAACAACAACAGCCAAUCACCCUGUGGCUUCAGUCCGACGCCACCAUUUCGCAUUGGCAGUGCUCCGCCAAAGCCAAGACCCAGCAAUCCAGACGUGUUUACGGCCGAGGAACUGGCCGUCAUGGAUCAGCUAACGCCACCAUCAACGGCACCACCACGGGAAACAGCCACUUGCAGCAGCGCCGCUCUGAGACCAUCCACAUCCAAUGCAUCCCUAGACCGGGACAAGGGAGCCAAGAUGAAAAAAAUCACAUUCUCAACUAGAACCACCUUGGAAGCGUCCAAUACGCCACCGCCUCCGUCAGUCGCCGCUAUCGCCAGUACAUCCAAGGUGGCCACCAAAACUACAGCUGCGAUUCUCGCUCCCAAACCUAGUGCUUGUCCCAUGCGUCGGUCAAAGUCACCGCCUGUGCUGGUGGGCACAGCACCUGCCGUGGUGCAGGCCAAAAGCGAAAGCAUUCGACCUGGCUCCAAUGAUUCCAUGACAUCGAUAUCCUUGCAUUCACCACCACCGCAUCGUUCCUGUUCCGCGCCAGCCAGACCCCACUCCAUGUCCAAGGCGGCACGCAAAGCUUUCCUGGCCGCCAAGCAAACAAGGGCCAUGGAGAAGUUGGACAAAAUGAUUGAGGAAGCACAGGAAGUGGAGUCCCAGUCGACAACUAAGGUAGCCAAUAUGCGUCUUGCCAUUUUCGGACAUGAUGGCGGUGACGGUGACUUGGCAGCUGGUGGUUGUCCACUGUUCCUGCCACCACCACCGCCACAAGCAUUGGGUCGCGCAAUGCCCAGUUCUAUAUCCGAUUCGAGUAUUUGUAAUCAUGGGCACAGCCAUGCGCCUAGUUGUCAUCAUGCGGUGCAUGAGCACAAGCUAAGCAACAGUCAGAGUUUUCAACAUGCUCGCACCUCCGGCCCCAUAACACAUCAAUGCUGCAGCGGAUUUGGACACGGCAAUGGACGACAUUCGCAUCGCGUGCACUCGAAUGCCUGUAAUCUGCUCUAGAGAACUAAGUAUACUGACAAACUCCUUA